AUGCACUGGGGGGUGGGCUUUGCCUCGCCCCGGCCGUGCGCGGUGGAUCUGAGCUGGAACCAGAGCGUCUCCUUCUUCGGCUGGUGGGCCGGGUCCGAGGAGCCCUUCUCCUUUGAUGGGGACAUCGUCGCUUUCCCUUUGCAGGACUACGGUGGGAUCAUGGCGGGGCUGGGCUCCGACCCCUGGUGGAAGAAAACACUUUACUUGACCGGGGGCGCUUUGCUGGCCGCAGCUGCGUAUGUGCUCCACGAACUGCUGGUCAUUAGGAAACAGCAAGAGAUUGACUCCAAAGAUGCUAUCAUUUUGCAUCAGUUUGCAAGACCUAACAAUGGUGUCCCCAGUUUGUCUCCUUUCUGUUUGAAAAUGGAAACUUACUUAAGGAUGGCUGACUUACCCUAUCAGAAUUAUUUUGGUGGAAAACUCUCUGCUCAAGGGAAAAUGCCUUGGAUUGAAUAUAAUCAUGAAAAAGUUUCUGGCACAGAAUUCAUCAUUGACUUUCUGGAGGAGAAGCUUGGCGUGAACUUAAACAAGAACCUGGGGCCUCAGGAAAGAGCCAUCUCCAGGGCGGUGACCAAGAUGGUGGAGGAGCACUUCUAUUGGACGUUAGCUUAUUGCCAGUGGGUGGACAAUCUCAAUGAGACCCGGAAGAUGCUCUCCCUUAGUGGUGGUGGUCCCUUCAGCAACCUGCUGAGGUGGGUCGUGUGCCACAUAACGAAAGGAAUUGUGAAGCGCGAGAUGCACGGCCACGGCAUUGGCCGCUUCUCAGAGGAAGAGAUUUACAUGCUGAUGGAGAAGGACAUGCGGUCUUUAGCGGGGCUUUUGGGUGAUAAGAAGUACAUCAUGGGGCCCAAGUUCUCCACUCUCGACGCCACUGUCUUUGGACACUUGGCACAGGCAAUGUGGACCUUACCCGGGACGAGGCCUGAGCGGUUGAUCAAAGGGGAGCUCAUCAACCUGGCCAUGUACUGCGAGAGGAUCCGGAGGAAGUUCUGGCCCGAAUGGCACCACGACGAUGACAACACCAUCUAUGAGUCGGAGGAGAGCAGCGAGGGCAGCAAGACCCACACGCCUCUGCUGGAUUUCAGCCUUUACUCAAGGACAGAGACCUUCGAGGACGAGGGCGCAGAGAACAGUUUUUCCAGAACCCCAGACACGGAUUUCACCGGACACUCGCUCUUUGAUUCCGACGUGGACAUGGAUGACUACAUAGAGCACGAACCUUGCAAGUGA